UGCCUCUGGACUAUGCGCUUUGAGGCUAAACAUAGUUUCUUUAAGAAGGUUGUUAAACACACAAACAGCUUCAGAAAUGUACUAUUGUCACUUGCCUCAAAGCACCAGAUGAUGAUGGCAUACUAUUCAGAUGGUAAUGCAUUGAAGCCAUCAGUGUGUGUCACUAAAGUAUCAUCUCUUCCAUUGGAACUGCUUGAUGUAGAAAUACAGCAGUGUCUCAAGGAACUUUAUCCAACACAAGCCUAUGUGAAUUUGACCAACUCUCUGACUCAUCAUGGAACUAAAUAUGCCUCAGGAAUGGUUUUGCCUCAUGGAUCUACUUGUGGCUUACCUGACUUUGUGGAGAUUUUACAGAUUGUUGUCUUAAGCAAUGAAUUUCUUUUCAUUGUGAAGUUGCUCAACAGCUGGUAUGAUGAACAUUUUAGGGCAUUUAUUCUGGAUCCUUCUGGGAAAAUGACCUUAAUACAUCCCAGAGUACUUGGUGACACUUACCCCUUAACACCAUAUCGUGUUGAAGGCAAACAAAUGGUGUCAAUAAAACGUCACAUUGUUUGUUAGUGUAAGGGGAAAGACUCAGAUACCCCCUUUCUUUUUCUUUUUUCUUGUGGUUUUUAUUCUGCAGAUGGACUCCGUUGCCUUGAAAGUAAUUUUUGGACAACAGAGUGAGAAGCUUGUGCUCUCUUCAGGAAUGCCCAGGACUGUUGAGGAGUUGCAUGAGACAGUGAGAGAGACAUUUGGGCUAGUUGAGGAUUUCACAUUGCACUAUUAUGAUGACUCAUUUGGAGAUUUCUUUACACUUCAUUCUCCCAACCAAAUCAAAGAUAGGGGUACAGUCAAAGCUGUGAUCAUUCCAUCAGUAGUGCUUACAUUGAUUCCUCAGUGUGAAAAUCCCUCAGAUGUAAGUUCACUGAAUGAAAGUUCAAGCUCUUCAACCUAUAAAACCACAGAGGACCAAACAGAUGGAUCAUCUCGGUCUUCAGACAACACUGUCAUACUCUCCCCUCUUCAAAGUCCUCUGAAGACUGCAUGGCCAGAUGAAAUUGUCAUUCCACUUUUCUCUGUGGCAACAGAGACUGUACUGAAAAAUGCCAAUGAAGUCUUUGUUCAAAAUGGCACUGUGCUGAACAAUACUUCAGUCAAGUCAGAUAUAAUGGAAAAAUUAGCUGAUUAUAUGUACAGCUACACAGCCUACCCUACUGGCCUUCAAAUUGGAGAAGUGGCAGAGGCUCUGGUCAAAAAGCACCCAUGUCUGACAGAGCCAGGCAGUCGUAAUGGCUGGAUGGGAUGGAUGUAUAGUCUUAAAUACAAGAUGGGAAAUUACAGGUCAAAGUUACGAAGUCUUGGAGUUCCAGAGGUUACUUGCAACUCACUGAAGAACAAGCACCCUGAUGACAAGGCUCCAGCGAAAAACAUAAAGAAGGCGCGGAAAGGAGAAGUGCUGUUUCUGCCACACUAUCCAGGACAAGAUGGUAAAGAACAGCAAGAGCUGGAGCGACAACAACUGAUUGAUGAGUGUAAGAAGAAAAACAGCACAGCCAUCAAGGAUUUAAUGUGCAAAACCUUUGCACAUAGAAGACAUGAUAUUAUCAGCCAACAGCUGAGUGUCAGCGACAUCAAGGACAGAUGGCCGGCGUUGUUUGACGUCUCCCAAGUCAGUGCAGAGUUUCAUAGGAUCACGACCCUGAACCUUGAACCAAAGUUCAUGUCAUCGUUGGACUUGUAUUCAUCCAAACUCCUGUCCUUGUUUCAAGCCAAGAAAGGUGCUGCUGGACAACGCCACAGGGCACAGUUAAACCUUCUGCUUCAGAGUGGAAAUUCCAUCGAGAAAAAACGAGAAGUCAUCAUCAGAUGUCUCAUUGACCAUCUGGGAGAGGAUCCAAGUGCCUUAAUCAAAACCUUUGAGGACGGUGCUGAUGCUGUCUUUGUUGAAGAGGCUUUGGCUGAGGAGGUGAUGAAGAUUUACCUGCUGCAGAAUCAAGACAGGUCAGGCGAACCUACUGAUGUGGGUAUUGUUAUUGAAGGCGUUACUGUUCUGGGCAAACUUGGGAAUCUGAGCAAAGCCUGUUGCUAUCUUUUGGGACUGUGCUAUGCUCUGGAUCUGAAAUACCCCAAGAAUCUCAAAUGCACAUUUGAAGCAUUUCAAAAAGUGUUCAUGGAGCUGGAUCCAGGAAACCUUUCUGUCAAGGUUCAAAGACUGAAAAAUGACCUCUGUUCAUUGUAGACAAAAUUUCACAGGGCUGUUCUUAAAGUGUUAGACUUGUUAAGUGACAUGUAAUGCUCAUCAAAAGGUUCAGUUGCGGCAUUACAUUGUGUUGACAUUCCUGUUCAUAAAUAAUGUUUGUACCAUAAACUGUGUUUUUGUAUUAACUUUCCAGAUUCACAUUAAGGUGUAAAUGGGAGAGUAUCUUCUGUAUGGGUUUUCUUUCUUUUUUUUUUUUUUUUUUUUUUUUUUUUUUUUUUUUUUUAGCGCAAUCCUUUUUGAAACCUUUUUAUUUAAAUUAUGGAUGUUUUUUGGUCACUCUUUAGUUAUAAUCUUCCCAAUUUUUUGGAAUCAAAAUAAGAUGUUCAAAAACUAUGUCACAGUGCAAAUGUUUUUUUUUUUCAGGAUUUAUAUUUUUUUGGGAUCCUAAUUUUAUUUUUGUCAUUUGAUCUUUUCUGAAAAGGUAAAGCACUGCAUUCACUUGAGCCACUUUUAUUCUUUGUAUGGCAGGUACAUUUUUCUUGUUGUUAGCAUCAAUAUGCCAGUUUUACAGAGUUUUAUCAAGCAUGCCAAUUUGGAUGCAAUUUUAUUAUAUAAGGCUGUUGUGACUGAAAUUUUAUCCACUGAAUGUAGAACAGAUUUCAGGUCACUGUGUUCAGAGAAGGAAUCUGCUAAAUGUGUGAUUCCCAAAAAAGCUGGUUAAAAUAAAUCAUUGUGAACAAUGUUGAACUGACGUGGUUCUUUUUUCCUGUGU